CAUGAGUACUUAGAGGUAAUUUACUAAUUUUCUAUCCUUUUUCCCUUUUCCUUUUGAGCUCUAAUCGCGACUACUGUGCAAGGGCUCAAUCAGCAGGCUUGUUCUCUCGUUUGUGAUUUCCGGCUAGACGAAGAAACCCCUAAUGAAACUAAAGGAUCCUGAAAUUGACUUCUACUUCUGAUUCGAUUCUUCAAUCUUCAGAGCUGAGAAGCAGUUUUGUUUGUGUUAAAUUUGAUGAAAUUGGAGCACGAUGGCAACCUAUUCAGGAAAAGGAGCCCCUUCAAAUGGGUCUGUCUAUGUUUGUAACUUGCCUCAGGGCACUGACGAAAAUAUGUUGGCUGAAUAUUUUGGCACCAUUGGGUUGCUAAAGAAAGACAAGCGAACCGGUCGGCCUAGGAUAUGGUUUUAUCGGGACAAGAUAACAAAUGAGCCAAAGGGGGAUGCUACAGUUACAUAUGAGGAUCCACAUGCUGCUUUAGCUGCUGUUGAAUGGUUCAACAAUAAGGAUUUUCAUGGUAAUAUAAUUGGAGUAUUUAUGGCAGAGUCCAAAAGCAAAGAUGACCACACAUAUAACUCUGGGGCUGUUCCAAUUGUUGGUGGUGAUUUUGGUGGGUUGGAAGAAAGUGCUACGGAUAUGAAUGGUGGUGGCGUUGGAAGAGGGAGAGGCAGGGGUGAUACUGCUGGGAAAGCAUGGCAACAGGAUGGAGACUGGUUGUGUCCAAAUACAAGCAGUUGUUCCAAUGUCAAUUUUGCUUUCCGAGGUGUGUGCAACCGAUGUGGAAGUGCUCGACCUUCUGGUGCCUUUGGUGGAAGCUCAGGGGCUGGUGGUCGUGGGAGGGGUCAUAGUGCCCAUAAUUCUGGGGCCCCCAAUCGGUCUGCCACUGGUUCUACAGGACUUUUUGGUCCCAAUGACUGGCCUUGUCCAAUGUGUGGCAAUGUCAACUGGGCAAAACGUACAAAGUGCAAUAUUUGCAACACCAAUAAACCUGGUCACAGUGAGGGUGGUGUGAGGGGAGGGCGAGGUGGUGGUUACAAAGAACUUGAUGAAGAAGAAAUAGAGGAAACUAGGCGACGUCGGAAGGAAGCAGAAGAAGAUGAUGGUGAGUUAUAUGAUGAAUUUGGCAACCUGAAGAAAAAGUUCCGUGUUAAAACCCAACAAGCUGAAUCUGGAAGAUUGCCUCCUGGUGCUGGGCGUGCAGGAUGGGAGGUUGAGGAGCUAGGUGUGGUUGACAGAGAACGAAGGGAGAGAAGCAGAGAGGGAGGGAGGGAGAGGGAUGAUAGGGAAAGCAGCAAGAACAGAGAACAUAGUGAUAGGGAUAGGCACAGAAGUCGAAGUAGGGAGCGGGAUAGAGGAAAAGAUCGAGACCGGGAUUACGAUUAUGAUCGAGAUAGAGAAUAUGGCCGUGACAGGGACAGAGAUCGGGACAGGGACAGGGACAGGGACAGGGACAGGUACAGGUACCGUCACUGAGGAUAGUUGCAAAGGUUUUGGGAUUUUGUUUGGAGUUCUUCGAAUAGAACUGGUUGCUUAAGUCUUUUUGUUUCUUUGGUGGGAAAGAUGUGACUUGAUUUAAAAGUUUUGGUGUACUUGGCAUUUCUUUAUCGUCUAAAAUCCAAACAUGUAGGAGUUGCGGUUUGGAUUGUUAAUGGCACAAUGUUUAAUUGACCAUUAAGAAAUCAUGUUAACUUUGGGAGUUA